AUGACCGCCCAAACAACCUCCAAGCUCCUCCCUCGCCUCAUCCGCCUGGCCUUCACGGCCCGUGAAACCGCCGAAGGCGCCGGCGCCCGCGUCCGUCGCGCCAUCGGUGUCCCCCAGCUCCGCAACUUCACCCCCUUCCUCAUGCUCGACCACUUCUUCGUCUCCCCCGGCGCCGGCUUCCCCGACCACCCGCACCGCGGCCAAGAGACCAUCACAUACCUCCUGGGCGGCGGCAUGGAGCACGAGGAUUUUGCAGGGAAUAGGGGUCUGCUUAGGCCAGGUGACCUGCAGUUCAUGACAGCGGGGAGAGGCAUUGUGCAUGCGGAGAUGCCAGCUCCUGACCUCAAGGAUGGGGAGAAGAGUGUGGGAUUACAGCUUUGGGUAGAUUUGCCAGAGAAGUUGAAGGGGUGUGAGCCGAGGUAUAGGGAUUUGAGGAGGGAGGAGGUGCCAGUUGUGCAGGCGGAUGGAGGCAAGGUCACGGUCAAGGUUAUUUCGGGGGUGUCGGAGGGGGUCGAGAGUGUGAAGGAUUUGGCGUAUACGCCGGUGUGGUUGUUGGAUUUGGAGGUCAAACCGGGCGGAAAGAUCGCCCAGCGGGUACCGGAGGGCUGGAAUGCGUUUGUGUAUGUGUUGGAGGGAGGCGUUGUGUUGGGGGAUCCAGAAGGUGAUAAGAAGAAGGUCGGGCAGUAUAACAUGGUAGUGUUUGAGAAGGAGGGAGAUGCGGUGUAUGUGAGUGUUGAGGAAGGGGCUGAGAAGAAUGCGCGGUUGGUGAUUGUGGCCGGGACGCCGCUCGACCAGAAGAUUGUGCAAUACGGCCCGUUUGUGGUCACCAACCAGGAGGCGGUAUAUCAGGCGUUUAUGGAUUAUCAAACACAUUCAAAUGGAUUUGAAAGGGCCAAGGACUGGGAGAGUGAGAUUGGGAAGAGGAUGAGGCAUUAG